UAAAAAUGUCGUUUGAGGAUUAUGGAGGAGAGAAAGAGGGACUGAAGGAUUUGAGAGAGCCAUUGAUCCAGGAGGUGGAUAUGCAGCAGAUUUUUAGGAGGAUAAAGUUGGAGUUAGGGAAGGUUAAGGAGUUGAAUCAGAGUGCUAAGCAGGUUUUGGAUGCUUAUGAGGCAAAUCAGGGGGUUGAUGGGAGGAAAGGAAGACAGAAAUUGGAGCAAAUUUUGAAUCAAAAGAGUGAUGAAGAAAUAUCAGAUUUUGAGCAUCUUUUAAAAGGCCUUAAAGAAGCUGAAGAGUAUAUCAAAGAAAUGGAAGGAAAGUGUAAGGAAGAGAAAUUGAAUAAGCUCAAAGAAAUGGAUAGAACUUAUCGUCACCAAGCAGAGACUCUCGCUAAGGAAUACGAGCAUCUGUACAACAGAUUUCUUUCUCAAGAAGCGAAGCAAGAAAUUUCCAAAGCAGAUAUUCGCAGCAAAAUGUAUCAGAGGACUAACUACGACGAUGAAAACCCUGAUCCGAUCCGUCACUCUCAGAAGGACCAGACUGUUUCUAUCCUAACUGCAGAAGAAAGAAAGACUAGAGUAGAAGCAGAGAUAAUCAAAUAACAUGGUCAAUGAAAGAAGAGAAGGUAUAUCACAAGCAUCUAAUAUAAUGAAAUAACAUCAAGAGUGUUAUUGAGCAGUUCCAUGAAGAAGUCUUUCGCCAAGAUGAGAAACUAGGCUUUGUAGAUCAAGAUGUUGAUGUUGCAAAUACUAAUGCUAGGGAAGGAGUGACAGAGCUGGAAGAUUUUGCAAAUAGGACUCAGAGAAAUGUGGUUAAGGCUAUUAUAUGUCUGGCUAUUCUGAUCAUCAUCUUGAUAGUCCUGCUGUAUUUGAUAUUCCAACCAGACAUUUUUUAAAUAGUAGCUUAAUAAAUCUCAGCAUA